GCCUAGAUCGGGCCGCCCGGCGAACCGCUUGCUACUGCCGAACCCCGUCGCGCAGUCCAACUCAAGCCGCACCAAGCCACCAACACCGAGCCAUGUCCGCCUUGGCGCUGGGCGCCGCCGGCACCUGGCCGGAGGCCGUGGUCCAGUGCCUCCUCUUCCUCCUCGCCGCGGGCAUGCUCGUCGCGCUCCACUCCCUCCCCCGCCGCGCCGCCCUCCGCCUGCGCCGCUCCGGCGGCGCAGGCGGCUCCUCCGCGGCCCAGUCGCGCCGGCACUUCGCGCAGGGCGCGCAGCUCCUCGCCCGCGCGCGCGCCGCGGCCCCGAAGCCCCCCGGCCCGCUCGCCCGCGCGGCCGUCGCCGAGGCCGACCUCGCCAUCGCCCUCGACCCCCGCGACGCCGCGCCGCUCAUCCUCAAGGCCCUCGCCCUCGACCUCCAGGGGCACCGCCUCCCCGCGCUGCGCGCCCUCGACGCCGCCCUCGCCCCGCCGCUCGCCCGCUCGCUCGAGCCGCGCGAGCGAGGGGACGCGCUCGCCAAGCGCGCCGAGAUCGCGCUCGCGCUGCACCGCCGCCGGCGGCUCGACCAGGCCGCCGCGGAUCUCGCUGAGGCCGUCCGCCUCAGUCCUGAGAACGCCCGCGCCCACGCGAUGCUCGGCGAGUGCUACGAGAGGAAGGGCCUGACCGCCCAGGCCCGGGACGCCUUCAAGACCGCCGCAUCUAUCGACCCAAAGCUCGCCGCUGCUCUCGACGGUCUCCGUCGGAUAGACGGAGGCGACGAAGGCAAUGAAAGUGACUGAUAAACCUUGCUACUGAUGAACAUUAACUUCUGCUGUAUAUUUGGGGUGGAGUGCAUGUCACCGUUGGCCCUGAGGUCCAAAAGUGGUAAAUGUGAUGAUAUGUUAUGUAGUCUUUUUGUAACCCGUUACCUUGAAGACGGUACAUACCUUGGUUCACCAUUGUAGAUGAAUGGAUUUGCAUUUUAGUUGAAUGGAGUUUGUGAGUUAUAGCUCAUUUGUUGGCUCUGCUGGUAUUGAUUCAUCUUAAAUAUGCUCUAUUUACAUUUUCCCUGUAUUUUGUUCCUGAAUACUUGUCUGGGCUCUACUGAAGGAUGAAAUGGUAUCUAUUUUCAGGGUUGGAUAUUCUUUU